CCACGCGCCAGUCGCGGAGUUCCCGAGCGCUGCGAGGCUCGAGUCCUGUCUGUAUGUCGGGGUCCACCAUCAUGUGUCGGGUUCCCGUGAUCUGCGUGCUGCUCACCUUCUGUCUGGUCCACGGCACGCAGCCCACGCGUGACCUGCCCCACGCGCGCAGGAGCAAGAACUGGUGCGCACGUGUCGUACAGAAGAAUGUGACCUGCGCUGUUCUGGAAACGACUGAGAGCUUUGUGGAGCCUGAGCUCGCACCGUGCCCCGAGGACCAGCCGGGAUGCUCGCGCCAAGUGAUGUAUCGUACCCAUUUCCGGCCCGUAUACAAGAUCGGGCACAAGACAGUGACAGAGCUGGAGUGGAGGUGCUGCCCCGGGUUCCAGGGCCCAGACUGCCGGGAGCUGAGGAUGGGUGUGAACAGGCAGACCUUGGUAGGACCACAUCUUCAUAGUGGGCAAACACCAGCACAGAUCCACCGUCCACAUGGGCUUCCUAAUCCACAGCUGGGACCAGAGAGGGUCCAUCAGCUGGAGGAGGAAGUGCAACGCCUUUCCCAAACAGUACUGGACCUGCAGUCCGCCAUGAUGGGCAUGCACGAGAACCUGCGGACAGACAUCCAGAAGGACACGAGCCAGAUGGUGGUAACACUACUCAAUGAUCUGCGGCCUCCUGAGAGUGUGAAGGGUGGAAAGGUUGAGACCAUAAGUACCCCAGCUAGAUUGUUUCCAGGGCUGGAAGAGAUCACAUACCGCCUCAAUAGUGUGACAGACUCCUUGAAGGGCAAAGCUGACAUGCUAGACAACCUCCAGGGCAUCGUGAGCAGCCACGAGGGACAGAUACGCCUCUUGAUGGAAGCAUCCAGAACCCCCCAGUCCAGCAAUACCACGCCUUCAGUGACCGACCACGACGUUCUGCAGGCCUACAUUGACCGCAAGUUUGAAGAGCUGCGGCAAGAGCUUGUUGAGAGCAUGGACAUCAAGAUGGCUAGGCUGAAGAACUCCUGUGACCACAAGAUUCUGUCUGUGCAGAAGCUGUGCGAGAAGCAGGAGAGCAGUAACUUGGGCUUGGCUGAAAUCCUGGGUGCCAAGGAGGCGGACCUUCGAGCCGAGAUCCACAACCUGCGGCUGAGUUUGGCCGACUCCGAUGGAUUAAUCAGGACCAACAGGGAGACAAAUCCUGGCGGGCAACCAAACGACUUCGCCGAGCUUCGAAGGGAGGUGAACCGCAUUGCUGAGGCCAGCCGUGUCCUUAAUGCUCGGGUGGACAAUGAGCUGAAGCACCUCUCCAUGCUUCAACUGGAGGACAUGUUCGGACCAAGAAUCGAGGAGCUAGAAGCCCGCUUCAACGUCACUGAAAGGAACACAGAAAUUCACUGCUUCUACAUCAACGAGAAGCUGACCCGGCUCAUUGGCGAGGAGGUGGUAGCGCUGCGGGAGCUUUUGGAUGAGCGGCUCAACACCAUGGAGGACCAAUUUACCACCAUGUUGGUGGAAAUGAGUAACAGCUCCUUCCACACAUCCUAUGGUGAGCCAUCUGAGGAUCUGCAGAGGGACGUCACCUCCAACAAGCAGGUCAUCCAAGGUCUGGAGGAGAAGCUUGAUGCUCUUGGGAAGCUGUGCGCCACAGGCUGCAAUUCCACCCCCAAGGACUUUGACAGCAACACGGAGAAGCUGGCACAGCUGGAGGUCCUGGUUCAGCGAAAAACGUUGAUCGAUCAGCACAACAGCAAGAACCUGGCGGACCUGCAGGGCGGGUUGAACACUCUACGUGGUGUCGUCGCAGGCCUGGGCAAUUUGCUGAAUAAACAAGCUCAGGAGCUCCAGCACAUCAAUGCCACCUGUGGCCAGAUGGGUGUGGCUUGUCACGGGGAGCCACCAGGGGGGCUGACCAGCCAGGUGGAGGCUCUACAGAGCCAACUAGACCUCUUGAGCAAUCAGAUGGGCCCUGAGCUUAAACAGUUCAGGGAGACUGCCGAGGGUGUAGUGACAGAGCUUUUGGCAACAGAUGAAAGGAUUGGAGAUGUUGAGAAGGUGUGCAGUCAGCUGGGGGGCAUCUCCGACGAGCUGAGAAAGCUCAACGAGAGCUUAGGUAAGCAGGUGGAUGGGCUGCAGGCCGGUGUCUAUCAGAUUAACACUGCCCUGGCAACACAGUCCAGGGACAUCUCAGCCCUUAAGGGGUCCCUCCACCACCUCCAAAACCAGGUCUUGCGAAUGAACCAGACCAUCCCGGAGAAUCGGGCAGACAAAGGCAACAAUCCAGGUCUGACAGCUCCAGAAGAGAAACGGGUCCUUUCCGCUGGCAACAAACCCCCCCACAUCCACAUCCCAUUCAUUAGCAUCCCCCACAGAAAGGUUCCUACCUCCAGGCUGCCUGAACUGCCCCCUCAGCUCCCAGUGCCCCCCAGGCCCCCAGUAGUCCUCCCGCGUCCGGUGUUGGAGACCGGGCAAGCCGGGCCUCCGGGGACCCCUCACAACCCACGAGGCGUAAUGACAUCUGAGGCCCUCCAAGGGUUUGCUGGAGCCCCAGGACACCCCUCCCUCACACCCGUGUCCUUCAGGCCAAACAUCUUUCAAGCUGUCCGUCUUCCACGGAGAUCAGCGCAGCACAGACCCAUCGUAACUCGAGCGGUCAGCGAUGCCACGGGACCCUUGUCCUUCUCUGCCGGCAUCGGUGCACCUCCACCCCCCGGGGCCCUCGGUGUGAUCCGCUUCAACAAGGUGCUGGUGAACGACGGCGGCCACUACGACCCGGCCACAGGGACCUUCACGGUGCCGGAGGACGGCCGGUACCUGGUCAGCGCGGUGCUCAUGGCCCAGCAAGGUGACCGCAUUGAGGCGGUGCUCACAGUGUCCCACCGCAGCGUGCAGCGGCUCGUGUCCUCGGGCCCCAGGGGCCACGCAGACCCUCGACAGAAGUGCGGCUGCGGCGGCUCCGCCUCCGUCGCUCUGGUGCUCGGCCUGCGGCGUGGCGACACCGUGAGGCUAAUCUCCACAGCCGGCAGGCUGGCCGUCCCCGAACCCGACGAGGUCCUCUCCACCUUCGGCGCCAUCUUCUUGUACCCGACCCCGACGAGCCGGUAGCCCCCAGGCCACAAAUGGGGGUCCGCCCCGCCUCGUCUGCAAAGCUACGGCUACUGACUGGCCUUUACGCCUGAUCCAGGGUCAGCUCAUCUUCCUCCAGCCUGCUCCUCAUCUUUACUCUGGUAAAAAUCACACUGAUGCAGGUUCAAUGAGAAGGAAGUCAGUUUACAUCAUCUGCAUCCACCAACAAGCAAGUCAGGGUUCGACAGCUCAUUGCAUUCACCUCAGAGGGAACAGAUUAGCGCGUGGAAUUAUACAUCUAUUUGGUAUUAAUUCUUUAAUAUAAUAUAUAGUAUGCUCUAAUUUUACUGUAAAAAGCAGCUCUGCAUUUCUCUGGGUUUCCAUAAAUGGCCUUUUUGGAUAUUUUAGAUUCUGAUGCAGUAUUCUGGGAGAGACAAAGCUGUUUCUGUAUAAACUGUAUAGGCGGGCGUGUGCGCGUGCGUGUGCAUGUGUGUGUUAUUCUAAUCCAGCCCCAGAACAUGCGAGUCUCAUCCCAGUUAGUCUGAACCACCAUCCACCGUCGGAUGCGAACACGGGUCACGCCACACCACUCCGUGAUGCUCACCAACGACCUCCACGUGGUUCCGUUGUAAAAAAAAGUGCUUUAAUCCACAGGGAAAGAUACAAACCCUCAUGCGGCUGUUUAAAUCCCAUUUAAUCACUCAUCUGUAACAUAUUAAUGUUGGAAGAGGAAAUAUUCAGUUCUCGAAAAGAGCAGCAUCAUUGAGGGAAUUCCUCUUUACCCUUGAAUGUUACUUUCCUGUCUUCCGCAAGGCAGCGCUAUCAUUCUGUUUAUAUAAUUGCUAAAAUAAUCACUAUGAUUAUUUGAUUAAUCAUAUAUGAUUAGUAAAAUAAUUAAUAUAUGGUUAAAUAAUCAAAUACUGAGUCACGUACACUGUCAGAGAGAGUCUAAAAGAAGGACCAUCAUACUUAAAAGUCCAAACCACAUCUUGUGUACAUGGAACUAUAGGAUAAAUGAUUUUUUUUUUUUUUUUAAAAACCUGUAACUCCAGAGGUUGCUAGUAUGAAACCGUGAAAUACAAACUCUGCUUUGGUACCUUUGUGAUGUUUAUAUUUUUUUAAAGUAAUUUUCAGAGAACAUCAUUUAUAAUCGCUGUCCAUUCAAGUAAACAGGUGUGUAAAAGCAACUGUGCAACAACAUCAAGUUGUAUGUUUUACACUAAAAUAUCUAUUAAACAUGUUCAUUCUCUGGAUUUAGUCUUCUUACAGAAAGAAACCAAAUGUGAGGUGGGUUUGUGUUUUCACACACAUA